CUAAAUGACAUUUCGAACUCACAUGUCAAUACAGCUUCCUACAUUUCUCCCGCCGCUUUUUAUCGACCGCUAUAAAUAGUGUGGUCGCCGCCGAAACGACAUUCAGUAGCCUUCGCGCAGUCUACAGAAGUGCACGAUGAGAGUACUGAUUGUCGCCGCCGUCCUCGCCUGCGCCGCCGCAGCGCCCUCGGGCCUGCUGGCUGGUCCCUACGGUCAUGGUCUGAUCGGGCAUGGCGCGCCUCUGGCUUACGGCCAUGGCGCGCCUCUGGCUUACGGCCAUGGCGCGCCUCUGGCUUACGGCCAUGGCGCCCCUCUGGCUUACGGCCACGCCGCCCCCUUGGCUGUAGCGCACGCCGCGCCGCUGGCCGUGGCUCACGCUGCCGUCCCCACUAUCUCCCCCGGUGACAUCCAGGGUGCCGCCAUCGAUGCCCAUGUUGAGGCUGCUGACCACGUCCGCGCCGCCGUCGACCAGGCUUCCGAACUUCACGGACAGGCCAUUAACGCCGCCGAGGAUCACUCGUGGCAGGCUGUUGAUGCCGUGAAGACCCACGAGGCUCAGUUGGACGGUGCCGCCGCUGGCGCCGCGCCCAUCCUCGCUAAGCAGCUGGCCGGUCACGCCGGAGUAUAUGCCGCCCCCGCGCUCGCGCACGCCGCCUACGCCGCGCCCGUCGCGCACGCCGCUUACGCCGCGCCCAUCGCGCACGCCGCGUACGCCGCUCCCAUCGCGCACGCCGCCAGCCACUCCGUGUCCUCCCAGUCCCUGCACCAGACCCACCCCGCUCCCCUCGUCCACGCUCCCGUGAUCGCUCACGCCGCUCCCGUCGCGUACGCCGCGCACGCCGGCUACGCUCACGCCGGACUCGCUCAUGGUCUAUCCCACUGGUAAAUUUAUAGGAUAUCAAAUUUGUGCCAAAAACGUUCUAAUACUCAAUUGUUUGGAUUUAAAAUUAAAACAGACAGAUAAUAGAGAGGCGAGGAUGUGCUGUAAAUAAAGAAAAUAGUCAAUUUA